ACAAGUUAUAUAAAAAUAAAAUUUGUUUGUUUAAAUAAGCAUUAUAAAUACAUUUACAGUUGUGUAUAUAGCUGAUACGAAGAUUUUAAUAUAGGAAAUAAACAUGGAAAAUCUUCUUUGUAUUCGACUUUAUAAACGAGAAGAUGAACCGUAUUGCAAAGAACUAGCUAGAAGUACUUUUAUGACUUUAUUGAAUCCGUUAUACACUAAUUUUAUAAUUGCAAAAAAUCGUUUUCAAAUUCUUCUCGCGCUUUCUUCUUGCCAGUUAUAUUGGUCGAGUACUUCUUUUCCGUAUUUCUUAAUGUAUCCAUUAAUAAUUACAUGUGGAAUCUACAUUAUGCUGUAUCUACUAUUCUGGAAAAUAGUUCAAGAAUCCCAAAAAGAAGUAUUUGAUGCUGCACGGAAGUGCAACGCAAAGAGUGACAAAUGUUUUUGGGUAGCUGAAGCAUAUCAUUAUCGUUUUGUAAAAAACUUUCAACCAUAUUUGCGUUAUACAUGGUUAACAGAAAAAGAAUUACAGAAAUCUAAUAUUAAUUUAUCCGAUUAUGAUAAGAAAAUAGUAGGCUUUAUUGGAGUGAAUAAAAAUGUUAGAAUUAACAAUUGUGCUAUGUUAAAUGAAUUCCUUGUUCAUAAUGAUUAUACGCGGAAAGGCAUAGGAACUCAACUCAUUAAAACUGUUCUUCAAUUUUGCGAUGAAAAAAAAUAUACACGCGUGAAUUUGCAAUUUUUCGAAUUUCUGACAAACGCUAUAAAUUUAAGUAAAAAAUUAGGCUUCAAAUACUAUGAAACACAGUCAAAAAUUUUUUUUCCAUUAUUAGUGGAAGUAAAAAUGCAUGAAUUCUCCUACCUAACGCAAGUUACUAGACCUACAGAUAGUAUUAAAAUCAACAAACAAAUGUCAACAAAAAGUGUAACACAAAUACAGAAAAGACGCUUCUUAAGACAUUUAAAUUUUUAAAUUUUAUAUUAUUUUAUAAAAUACCUUAAUCUUUGAAUAGUAUUUUAUGAAA